CUCCGGAUUCCUUUUAUCUCUCCCCUGCCCCUUGCUCCUUCGUCCGCCUCGCUGCCCUACGCCGAUCGUGUUUCUCCGCUUCCUAAUCUGGUGAGCGGAGGAGAAGACGAUGGCGAUGGCGCUGGCGGCCUCGGAUCAAGCCGAGCUUCUCAAUGAGUCAGGCAAGGCCUUCGUCGGGAAAAAGCGUUUCCUUGCUGCCAUUGAAGCUUACACCGAGGCUAUAACUCUUUGCCCAAGAGUUGCAAAAUACUAUGCAAACCGAGCUAUCUGCUAUAGGAAAUUGAGACAGUGGACUAAGGUUGAGUCUGAUUCAAGGAGAGCAAUUGAACUUGACAGUAGAUACUCCAAGGCUCACUAUAUCUUAGGAGUUGCAUUAGUGGAGUUGCAGGAUUUUGCUGGAGGCAUUAAAGAACUGCAGAAGGCCUUGAACAUUGAAGGAAAUCAUAAACAACAAAGUGAGCAAGUGAUGGAGAUCCGUGAGAUUCUUGCCAAAGCGAAAUACAGUGAAUGGGAAUUAUUGUUCAGCAAGCAUGAUUUGAAGCUGUUAAAUCUCAAGGAAUCUUGUGAAAAAGCUUUGAGAGAAUAUCAUUUUCUUCAUGAUUUUCAAGCGUCUAAUGAAACAGGGAAUGAUCUUAUUGAGCAACUCAAACUCCUUGAUGAAGUGUUUCGAGAAACCACAUCUAUUAACAUGCCAACAGAAGUGCCUGACCACCUUUGCUGUAAGAUUACACUACAGCUCUUCCAGGAUCCUGUAAUUGCGCCUAGUGGUGUAACAUAUGAAAAAGCUAUGAUAAUGCAACAUUUAGAUAAGGUUGGCAACUUUGAUCCAUUUACUAGAGAACCAUUGGAACGAAAACAGUUGGUACCAAACCUAGCAAUCAAGGCAGCAGUGCAAGCCUAUCUGGAUGAGCAUCCUUGGGCAUACAAUACAAACCAAUGAUCAUUUCCUAGAUCUUAUGGGAGAACAUCGAUAAUCUGAUAUUCUUCACUGAAGGUAUCAGGUUCAGUUUGAAAUCUGAUGGUGUGAAGUUCUGUUUUUGGUGUAAAUGUUCAGUUAGACAGACUGCAGGAAUGCGGGGACUUAAUAGGAUAAACUACUGAAAAUAGCGUUGUAGAUGCUAGAAUGGAUCAUCGAUGGAGACCUUUGGUUUGUGAUUUUUUUUU